AGCUUCGUGAACACGAGCUGCUUGCCGGAAUACAUCUUCUAGCAGGAUAUAGCUGUAUUUAUUCUUUCGUUUAAUUCUAGUUUUGCCCUUGGAUCGAGCAAAUAUGGCGCCGGAACGAAAACUUCGACAAAAGAAGCGCAGCAAAGUCGCAUUCGUGGACGCUGGCGAAGAAGAAAAUACCAAUGGCAUCGCACAAGACGAAAUAAUGGAGAAAGAUGAGACUGAAGACGAGCUUGAAAGGAUCCUGUUCGGCGACUCACAGGGCUUUCAUAGUGCACUGAAGGAGCGUGAGCAGGCCGGUUCGAAGGAGCUCGUUUUGGCAGAGGGAUCAGACUCAAGAGAGGGGCUGGGAGACGGCGGUGAUUCUGAAGACGACCUCGCAAAUGUCCCUGAUGAGGAUCUAUUCUACCUUGACGCUGGAGACUCGGCUCCGGUUGUCUCCAUAUCAAAAGACGAACAGCCGGCGGAAGAACUGCAAGGUUUAGAGGAGCCAGACGUCCCUGCUGCCUGGGAGGAUAGCGACGAUGACCGAAUUAGAGUUUCCCUGGCUGAUAAUGAGAGAUUGAGAAAACUACGGCUUCAUGAGGGUGAGGAUGUGAUAGGUGGUAGAGAGUACAUUGCUCGCCUUAGGAGACAGUUUGAACGGCUCCAGCCUGCUCCUGAAUGGGCCAGUCCCGCAGCCAAGAGACGGAAAACAGAGGAAGAUACAUCUGACCUAUCGAUGGAUGAGGAUGACGUAGAGGAAGAUUUAUCUGCGCAGCCACUGGCGAAGCUGUUGCAGAACAUAGGUGACUUGACCAGAUCUAGUGCCAAUGCCACCUCUGCUGGGAAGAGGAAGCUCCGUCAGGGUGUGUUGGAUAUCCAGCGUUUGAAAGACGUUGGAGGGAACCAGCCUGUAAGAAAAUAUAUCACUUCAUAUAUAUGUUGGCUCGCGCUAAUAUUCAUUGCAGUCCUCGAUCGACUCUCUAUCUUUCCACCCUCACUAUCCCUUACUACUUUCGUCUGGACCUGCUUCUACUCUAUUCCUACACCACAUAUCACCCGAUUCAGCGUCACCCAAUCCACUGCUUACCUCGCUACACAUCCGCCAUACGCCUAUAAGGACGAGCACAUUUGACCGCCCAACUGGCAACCGUAUCCUAUGUUCCGGUCGUCGACGGUUCUUCCACGUCUGGAAUCUAGAUACAGGCAAGAUUGAAAAGGUCGUUGGCCCCGCGGAUCGCAAACACGAGCUCAAAUCCAUGGAAUACUUCAAAGUCUCCCCCUGCGGCCGCUGGAUCGGGUUCGAAGGAACGAC